AUCAUAUCCCAUCUCACCCCCGCUCCCCGUCUUCGCCGCACUCUCAAGUCUCACCGCAGUUAUCGUGAGCCUUCCCUUCACGAUACUCAGUUAGUACAAUUUUGCCACGUAAAUGUAAUCGGAUGCGACCUGUAGACAGAAGUUUAUGCUCAUCGUGUCGUAGUUAUUAGUAGUGACAGGUUAGCCUUACGUUAUGCUGAUCGGAGUCCCGGUUGGGGUACACGAAACCUGAAUAUUUUUUAAAGCCACACAGGGAAAUAAAGGAUAAAGGAGCAAACAUGGGAGGCAUGCACAGUGUUGAGAUACCGGGAGGUGGUACCGAGGGCUACCACGUAUUGCGGGUUCAGGAUGGCUCGCCAGGACAGAAGGCUGGUUUGGAAGCUUUUUUUGACUUUAUCGUUGCUAUGGGCAAAACGAGACUGGAUCAGGAUAAUGAUACAUUGAAGGAGAUUCUUAAAACCUAUGAGAACAAGGAGUUACCCAUAACAAUUUACAGCAGUAAAACUCAAUCAGUGAGACAAUCCACUAUCGUGCCCAACUUGACCUGGGGUGGCCAAGGACGGCUUGGUGUCAGCAUAAGGUUUUGCUCUUUCGAAGGUGCUAAUGAAAAUGUUUGGCAUGUUUUGGAAGUUCAUCCUUCUUCACCAGCUGAAUUGGCUGGACUCCGGCCAUUCUCAGACUAUAUUAUUGGUGCAGAUUCUGUUCUACACGAAAGCGAAGAUUUAUUUACAUUAAUCGAAGCUCAUGAGUCGCGUCCACUCAAGUUAUAUGUUUACAACAUAGAUGAAGAUUCUUGUAGAGAAGUUACCAUAACUCCUAAUAAUACGUGGGGUGGUGAAGGAAGCCUUGGUUGUGGUAUCGGUUAUGGUUAUUUGCACAGAAUACCAAUCAGAAACAUUGUGGAAAACAAAGCGCAUAAUGUUGUUCCGACUACAUCUGGUCAGAAUACAGUGCCCAGUGUUUCAUCUCCAACCACUACGCUUGAUAUACAAGGUCCAGGAUUAAUUUCACAAGUUUCUAUACCUACUGCAGUAAAUACACUUCCACAGACACCCCUGCCUCAGAAUUUUCCGAAUUUCAAUUUACCUUCAGCAGAUACUACAAAAAACAUCCAAUAUACUUCUGUUGAACAAUCAAACCCCAAUGUUGUUGUUACAACAAGCAUUGUUUCACCAGCCAUUCCUAUGUAUUCACCACAAAAUCCGCCAACAAAUCUUCCACCAAUGUAUUCCACUCAAAAUCCAGCCAUGAGUGUUCCAAUGUACUCGCCACUGCAGUCAACUAUCAGUAUGCCGCAAUACUCUAUGGCUCAACAAAAUAUUGGCUAUCCUUCAACUAUAGAACCAGGCACGCCAAAUAUUCCUGGCAUGCCCAUGAGUCCACCACCGUUACCAUCAAACGUUCAUAGUACACUAUUCCAGCCAAACUACAGUUCUCCGCUACCAACACUUGCUUCAGUAAGUAUAUCAAAUUUGAACACUCCUCAGCAGCAACCGCAAUUCGUGACGACUCCUCUGGAAUUACCUGGAAUGCCACCUAUCACGGUGAGCGCUUCAGUGCCUCAACAAAGCUCACCGUUUUAUCAGCAAUCUAACAUCAUUUCCCCAUGAAUGCAAUAAUAAUUGAAUACAUUACAUAAGGCAGGACGAGCUAUUUUUCAACCGCUUUUUAAACAAUUUGUACUCGUUUUAUGAAAGAGAGAAAAUGAGGAUAUUCAUUUUAUCAGAGAUAUAUUGUAAUUGUAAAACGCAGGUUGUUGUGCAAGCUGUUGCGUUUUUGUUGUAAAUACACAAAUAAGUAACUUUGUCAAUAAUCUUUUUAUUUAAAAUAUUAGAAAAAAAAAAAAAA